AGGAGAGUCUGGUGGGCUCUGUGAUCCUGGGACUUCCUCAUCUUGGGAUGCUCACGCUGGCUUCCCACCCCAGAUCUUCCUGGUGCUGUUGCUGACGUCCCUGGGCCUCGCUGUGGCCUCUGGGUUCUGGGCCAGGACGUUCCAGGAGAAGCACAGUUACCUGGCUGCCCUCUACGAGCACACCAGCCCUGCCCAGCAGGCCUUCCUCAACUUCUGGGGCUUCACCAUCCUCCUGAGCAUCAUCAUCCCCAUGUCCAUGUACAUCACGCUGGAAUUCAUCUACCUGGUGAACAGCUGCUUUAUUAACUGGGAUCUGGAGAUGUAUUAUGGUGCCAAGGACAUUCCAGCUGAGGCCAGGAGCACCAGCCUCAGUGACCAGCUGGGGCAGAUCGAGUUCAUCUUCUCGGACAAGACGGGCACCCUGACACAGAACAUCAUGAGCUUCAAGAAAUGCUGCAUCAACGGGACCAUCUACGGUGACCUGGGCUGCUGGGGGCUCAGAUGAGCCUGGGGCUGGUUCUUCCUGCCAGGAAAAUUAAUCCACAAACA